UCCCUCUCGACUGUAACACACCCUGCAAAAACAAAUUAAUUAAUUAACUCAUAGUGCUUCUUUGCUCAGCUGUGACACAUACACAUUCACACAGCUGCUCCCGAACUCGGCUAUAAUAGACACACAACCAAUGAAAUUAUGAAACUGUGAAAGUAUGAAACAAUUAACAAAUCCACGUAAAGUUACCUCAAUCGACAGAGAUGAUAAACUGUGGUGGCGACGGGGUUCGACGGAAACAAGGCCACGGCGAAGGGGGCCGAUGGAAACAGAGCCCGACGAAAAGGAUGGGGCACAGUACUGCUAGGUCGUGUCUCGUGGGUCGAGCUUACGUCAGCGACGGAGACAACGAAGAUUUUUCCUGUUUCGAUGUGGCGGCGUUUGGAUGCGAUGAAGGAAGGAGGGAUCGACGGCGUGACUCGUCGUGCGCCAGGCGGGGGAGAGAGCGAUGCAAUAGCGAUUUAGUGGUAUAGGUAAAUUACUUAUGUCUUAGACUUAGGUAGGGUUGAGGCAUUUGGGUGGCCGACAUUUACUUGAUGACCUUUCCCAUUCGGUGUCGGCAGACCGACCCACCUACGGUAUUUUACCGUUUCUAUCUCGGUGUACGGCUUCCCACAAUCACGUCUCUGAAUACCGUUUUGUACGGUUAACGGUUUAACUGGUAACCGUGCUUACUGGUACGUUUACCGGUUAAACCGCUAACCCUAAUAUCGUUUACCUGCCCUAAUGAUGGCUACAAGUAUUUUUUAACAAAUGUAGAUGACUUUUCUAGAAUGACUUGGAUCAUUCUUCUCCAUCUAAAAUCAGAAGUCAGACCAAAACUGAUAGCCUCUGCACUCAGAUGCAAAGAAAAUUCCAAAAACAAAUCAAAACCAUCAGGUCUGACCAAGGCUAAGAAUUCAAAAUGUCUGAUUUCUUCACCUCAACAGGCAUUACUCAUGAAAUGUCCUGUGUAGAAACCCCACAACAGAAUAGCAAAGUUGAGAUAAACCAUCAACAUAUUCUUGCUGUUGCUCGAGCACUUCAAUUCCAAUCUCAUCUGCCCCCAGCUUUCUGGGAAGAUUGUGUAGAACAUGUUGUCCAUCUCAUCAAUAGAGUUCCAACAGCAGUUUUCUCAACCAGACACCCUACCAUCUUUUCUACAACCAGCCACCUGACCUCACAGAGUUGAGAGUCUUUGGUUGUCUUUGCUAUGCCUCCACUCUAGCCAAUCACAAAACAAAGUUCCAGCCUAGAGCUAGAAAAACAAUAUUCAUAGGCUAUACCCCUGGCAUCAAAGGAUACAGACUAUAUGAUUUAACCUCUCAUGAAGUAUUUACUUCACGAGAUAUAUUCUAUGAGUCACAAUUUCCCUUUCAAGAAAUGAACUCUGAUAAAUCCUCAAGCUCUCCAUAAGAUCUUCUAUUCCCUCUCCCAUCCCCAGACUCAACUCUUGUUCAUGAAACCAAUCCAGUCCCUACCAUCACUACUCCCUCUUCACCUACAAUACAUCCUCCUUCUGAUCACAACAUCAAUCCUUCUCCACCUACCUCUCCCCACCACUCUACACCUUCAUCACCAACCAAUUCAUCUCCACCACCUUCCCCUCCAAACCCCCUCCUCAACCAAAUCUCAGACGUUCAGACAGAACAAUCAAACCUCCUCCUCAUCUCAUCCAAAACUACCAUUGUUAUCUUGCACAAGAUCCUAGCAGCUCCAAUCACCUCAACCUGCAACAGAUCCAAGACCACAGGUAUUCUCUAUCUUCCAUGAUUUUUUACAACAAUUUGUCUGAUCCAUUCAAAAGGUUUCUAUUAAACAUUUCCAGUCAUCAAGAACCACAAUCAUACAAAGAGGCUUCUAAGAUUGAUGUCUGGAAUCAAGCUAUGCAGCAUGAAAUUCAGGCUUUAAUCAAAAACCACACUUGGGAUGUUGUUUCUCUACCACCUAACAAGAAACCAGUUGGAAACAAAUGGAUCUACAAAGACAAGUUUUUAUCUGAUGUUUCUCUGGAAAGACAUAAAGCCAGGUUGGUUGCUAAAGGAAAUACACAGCAGGAAGGCAUUGAUUUUCAGGACACAUUUGCUCCUGUAAUCAAGAUGGCUACUGUCAGAACUUUUCUAGCCAUUGCCGCCCUCAGAAAUUGGCACAUUCACCAGUUGGAUGUAGAUAAUGCAUUUUUAAAUGAUGACUUAGAAGAAGAAAUCUACAUGACAUUGCCUAAAUGAUUCUCACCUCCUCCUGGUAUUCCCAAUCCAGUUUGCAGGCUAAGAAAGUCUCUCUAUGACCUAAAACAGGCAUCAAGACAAUGGUUCUCCAAGCUCACUGACAAACUCAUUCAGGUUGGCUAUGUGCAAAGCGAGGCAGAUCACUCACUCUUCUUCAAAGUCACAGACACCACUUACACUUGCAUUCUCACUAUGUUGAUGACCUGGUUUUGGGAGGCAAUGAUUUGAAUGAAAUUCAAGCAUUGAA